GAUAUAACUCAAGAUAGCACGUUGAAUCCUCGAUGCCCUGUGCGAUGUCGCAGUGAAGAUGCGGUGAGCGUUUUCGAGGAAACGCCGACUGAAACUUCAUCAUAUACGCGUAAAAAACUCAAAACAAAGUCAAUGAGUUCAACAGCGCUGAAAACGGGACCGUUCAUGACAAUCAAAGAAAACGAGAAGAAAGUCAAGAAGAAAGACUCAACAAUUGAUUUGUCGUCAUUAGAACAUGAACUGGAUGAUGAGGAUUGA